CAGCGCCCGGAUUUGGCGGGGCGGCGCCCGGAGCGCGCCCCCGGAGCCCUCUCACGCGCUUUUCGGCGGUCUCGGGCCCCGGGGUGCGGUAUUUCCCCGGUUUCGGGGUCGGUGCAAGUAUUGACUUCCCCCCGGUAGUAUUAAUAGACUGUUUACGGCACGCAGCGCACUUACUAGACGUACAAUCAGUAGUAGAACGUCUCGCUUGGAGUGAGGAGGUACAAAGUGAAUUGACUGAAAUGCACUCCGGUUGUCCUUAGGGCGACGAUGAAAUCGCGAGUUUGUGCCGAAUUUCAGUGAAUCCGGUCAAAUAAGCGCCGUCAAGGUGGCGACGAAACCAGGAAGCAAGUCCCGGAAGGAAAAUAUGCUCAAGUUCCUCACCCACAAGCUGCGGACGCAUUCGAUAAACGAAGACAAUUACGUCGAAAAGGUCAUAACCGAGUGAAAAAUGGCUGCCCCCGACUAAAGCUCGGAACAAAGGAAUGCAUGUUCCGGGUCCAUUUUUAGCCGGAAAAGUCCGGGCUGAUGAAGAUCGCGAUUCCGGGACCGAAUCCGACGAGGAAAUUGACGACCCGGACUUACCUCCAGUGAUGUCUGAACGCAUGUGUAGCGUAUCCCCGGCAGACACCGGCUGUUCCAUGGAGAGUCCGGCCCCCGACCAGCACGACCCUCACAGCUCCGAAGAGGAGCUCGAGGUGAUCAACAGCAACAAAGAGGAACGUCCAGCUCGACCACUCCGUGCAACGUCCGUUUGUCUGCCGGAAAAACGUAAAUGGUCGCAAGUCGGCGGCGAUUCCUAUUCUCGCCACAAGUACACGCCAGAAAACGAAGAAAACAUGUCACAUUAUGGCAAUCUGAGUCCGUCAUCGCCGUGUUCUCCGUAUCAUAAAUGUUACGGCGAGGACGGGAUCCACAUCGAACAUUCCGGUUCUUCGGACGAAGAAGUCCAUCAUUUACUCGCCAGUAUGGCGACACCGGUCCAAUUUCGCACCUCUCCACCCUUGGAGGCCGUCAAGCCGGGGCGGAAGACACCCAUGAACAAGGGCCGCUCCAUGAGUCCUCCGCCCAAGCUCUUGCACUACGAGGAGUCCCCGAGGAAGAGGUCCAAGCACAGGCACGCGCACGUACAGAGACCUUACUUGGACUUCGAAAAAAUGCAACAUCUGAAAGCUCGCUCUGUGCGGACAUGGCGUCACAGCGGAGACCACGGCGGAGAGCUUUCGGUGUUCUGUUGGUGAGAGGAGCUUAAAGGGCGCUCACCGUCGCCCUGCGAAUUAUCAAAAACUCCAUGCAUGAGCAGUUUACCAGCGUUAUGGCCCGACCAUCACUCACCAAACGAGUAAAAGUGCUCAGUAAAUUGGGUAAUUACUGGAAAAAGUGGUGGCCUGUAAACUUAGUGCUUGUAUUUAUGACUGUACAUAAUUUAAAUCAAAUCACCUCAAGUUCAAUGUGGUACAUUUACAUGGUCUGAAUAACUACGGCUCUUCAUUGCACUAUAACUUACAGCACUGAACUUUCGGACUACUGAAGAUUAUCGCCUGUGAGCGGCCUUCUCACCUCUAUUUGCACUUUCGCCUAAUUUACCGACGAAUUCAACAAAGUUUUGACAAUAUACUUGUAGAAGCAGUGCCACAAUCUUCAGUACUUUAAUGUUGUAACAAUAUCAUAGUUGUAACAGUUAUAUUUAGAGGAACGAAUUUUCGAAUUGAGUCGGUUGGUUUUAGUGUUUCUUGUUACCAAUUAUCGGUAGCUCAUAAGGUUUCCAGGCCUACAGGAAAAUUACGCGUACGGACAUAGUGUUUCAAUGUACAAAACGUUAUUUCGGCCAAGCAUAAAAUUACAAUUAAUUACGAAUUUAUAUUGUAGAUAUGAGCAUUUUUCGUGCAAUUUACUAAUGUUGUCGACUUUUGUACAUAACUGAAAUUGUGCAUUUACAAGCGUGUGCAUUAUAUAAAAACAAGAGUGUUUCGCUUUCAGUUGUUUUGUAAAUACUACCGUUGUUUUUAUAUAAUGUUAAUUAUUGCAAUAUGAAAUAUUUUUACAAAGUAGUUGAGUGUCUGUAGAUUUAGUUGGACUUUAGGCCCCAAGCCGCAAACUUCGCGAGUUUCGUCCAAAAAUCCGUUGCCUUUAAUUAGAGAAGACAAAAUUAUUGUUGCGAUGCAUUUACUGCCAUUUGGAAUUUUUCAAAAUUCACGACGGAGCUUUGGAAGUUUGUGCGAGUGGGGCUAAUAAAUUGUGAAUUUAUUCUAAGCCAUGUUGUUGCCAUAUUACCGCUUACUGAACUUUAACACUGGCCAGGAACAGUUCGAAAACAACAAUGCUGCCGAACAACUGCCUGUUGAAGACAAACAACACCCAAAUGGUAACUGCCGGUGGAUUGGUGAAAUCAAAAUUAAUUUAAAGUGGCGUUGAACUCGCAAGAUCAUGCUUAUAAGAUAGUAGGACUUUUAACAAAUUGAAAGACUUUUUUUAAAUUGUGUGUGAGUGAGUCGUGUUUUGUAAAAUGGAAAUGCUGCGAUUUUGUAGGAUGGAGAAACCUGAAUUUGUCAAAAAAUGUAUAAUCAAGAGUAGAUACUAUAAGGUGUGUAUAGUACUAUAAUUUUUUUUAUAUAAAACAAUCUUGUGUGUAGGGUAAAACUAUAAUUAUUUAAACAUUGCCCAUUUGGAACAUCGGUGUUGCACCAGUUGAUUUUUUGUUGAAUUUGGGAGGUUACAACUACAACACUCGAAUUUGAUUUCAUGUGAUUCUAAUUAGAUCUAAGUUUUAUCUACCUAUGAGAUGGGUAAUAAAUUAACUACAUUUAAAAACCAGUGAUAUGUUUUAAGUAUUUUGCACCGUUACGUGCAGUUGUGAGUAACAUUUUUCUUGUGAUACAAACUAUUAAUAGCCAUAUCGAAACCAUCGCAAACUUUGCGUUUACUUUCCAUGUGGCUAUUUUGCACGUUGUAAUACUUAGUUGCAAUACACAUAUUAAGUUUAA